AUGUGACGUUGAACAGGAACAUGGCGCUUUGGAGGAGAGGUGUUUCAUGAUACUCAGAGCUAUUGAUUAAUUUGCUUUAGCUAUGAUCAUUUAAAUAACAUUUAGGCAAAUACGCCAAAUAUGAUAGGUCGUGAAAGGUGAUCGCUCAUUUUGUCUCCAUGGACAACGAGGCUCUAUAUUUCUUUGCGGUGUUUGCUGUCGUCAGCUGAAACUGUUAGCACUGAUAUGCUAGCGUUAGCUGAGGCUAGUUAGCUGGCUAAUAGUAAGUCGCUAACGUUAAACAUACAGGAACUAUGCUUGUUUACGUAGACUACACGGACGUUAAACUGAGUAUCAAUGAUUAAAACACUUAAUGUAGCAUCUAAUCCGCCAUUUACUAUUUAGGACGACGAUUCCAAUAGCUAACAUUUGUGUGCUAAGCUAGGAGGAUGAAGAGCCGCCAUGGAUAUGUUUUGUUGCUGGCCAGUGGGGUUUUUCUGUCGGCGUUCUGGCUGUCUGAAGGUGCCCCUCUUCUGUAUCCACACAAAUCAGGAGGAAGCACAGGGGACACGUCCGUGCCUCUCUACCUGUCCCUUUUGGUGUCACUGACGGCGCUUGUGUCCUUGGUGGUAUUGCUAGUGAACUGCGUGACCUGCUGCAAGGAAAGGGAGAUCAACUUCAAGGAGUUUGAGGACCACUUUGACGAUGAGAUUGACUUCACUCCACCGGCAGAGGACACGCCUUCCAUGCAGUCCCCAGCCGAGGUGUACACCCUCGCUGUGUCCCCUGUGGCCCUGCCUGGACCCCCACACCUCCAACCUCCUGCCCGCGUCACGGAGGGAUCCGCAGGCUUCCAGGUAGCACGUCACAGUCUGAGUUACAUCCAAGAAAUUGGCAAUGGCUGGUUUGGCCAGGUCCUUCUGAGUGAAAUCUACACAGAUCCAGGUGGAGCCAGAGUAGUGGUAAAGGAGUUAAAAGCUAAUGCAAGUGCUAAGGAGCAGAAUGAUUUCCUGCAGCAGGGCGAUCCAUACAGAGUGCUGCAGCACCCAAACAUCCUCCAAUGCCUGGGACAAUGUGUUGAGGCCAUCCCUUUCUUGCUUGUCUUUGAGUACUGCAAAAUGGGGGAUUUGCGGGGCUAUCUGUCUCAGCAGGAUUGGAUGUUCAGAAAUGCUGAGUUGCUGCAGCUGCAGAGGAUGGCCUGUGAAAUCGCUGCCGGUGUCACUCACCUUCACAAACACAACUUUCUGCACAGUGAUUUGGCUCUGAGGAACUGCUACCUGACUGCAGAUCUUACAGUCAAAGUGGGAGACUAUGGAAUUGGACCCUACAGAUACAAAGAGGAUUACAUCAUCACAGAGGAUGAUGUGUUUGCACCCCUUCGCUGGUUGGCUCCUGAGCUGGUGGGCGAGCGCCAUGGGGGUGUGAUUACUAUGGAGCAGACCAAGCCUAGCAAUGUGUGGGCAUUGGGGGUCACAUUGUGGGAGCUCUUUGAGAACGCUGCUCAGCCGUACCCACAUCUGUCUGAUCGGGAGGUUCUUAAUCAUGUGAUCAAGGAUCAGCAAGUCAAACUCUUUAAGCCACAGUUGGAGCUUCCUUAUUCUGACAGAUGGUACGAGAUCCUUCAGUUCUGCUGGCUGUCUCCAGACAAGCGGGCCACGGCUGAGGAAGUGCACCGUUUGCUCAUUUACCUGCGCAUGCAAGGCCAGAAGGACAUAGAAGAAGAUUUCGAGCAACGCUGGGAUGUUCUCAAGCCUAACCCUUCCACACGGCAAACCACUGUUAGCCACUCCUCUUUCCCAAUCUUAGAACAGUUUGCCGAUGAUGCCCUGCGACAAGAAAUCGAUGAAGUUCUCACUGUUACUGAAACGAGCAAAGGUCUCAGCUUUGAGUAUGUUUGGGAGGCAGCCAAGCACGACCACUACGAUGGCAACCUUGGACGUUCAGGCAUGGACACAACAUUGAAUUAUCACAGCAUGUUCUUUCCUGUUUCCAGUGAAGACAUCCAGGCCCAUUUCCCUGAUCCUGUAGCCAGAGCAUCGGACACGGAAAGUGGCAACACUCCUUCAGGAAUCCCUGGCAUUGUACCAGUGUUUGAUGCACAAAAGCCAUCUAAUGGAAAUGAAUAUUACAUACAACUAGAAGAACAAGGGGAGAACUCCAUUGGGGACAGAGGGCAAGAUGUGGACUUUAGUUCAGGCCGGCAAGACUUUGUUGUUCUCCAAGAUGUUCGUCUGGAUGAGUCUAGUACCGAUGCAGAUUUUUUCCACCAAAGUAUUGACUCCAAGGAUUCAUAUUUACCAGACAGCCACAUCUGGUCAUCCCUUGAAAAUGACAGUCCAUACCACACCAACAUUUUCACCGAAGGGGGGUCCAAGCAUGAGGAUUCCCCAUCCUGGAGACAGAGUUUUAUGGAGCUUCCAGAGCGCAAUGGGAACCCUUUCCAUCAAGGUGCACCUUUUGUAGUCCAGGAGGUGGAUACAGAUAAAAGCUAUGGGGACUCUUUUUUAGGGGAUUGUUCAGAAGCCCCUCACCUGACUGAAGUGGAGGUGGAGCAGGAGAACACAGAUGUGAACAGGCUUCUGAACACUGGAAAACUAGCUGAGAACUUCAUGUUUCUCAAAGACCACAGGCUGAUGAAAGACAGAUGUAGUUUCUCCAGUCCACAGGAGAAUUUUCUUUCACCUGGCAUAGCCCACGAACCAGAAGCAACAUUCAAAAUGAGUUCUUGGGACAACCUUGAGACUUUAGGCAGCUUAACCAUAGCAGACACUUAUUUAAAACCUGCAGCAAGUAGCACAUCCUCAAGACAGGAACUUUUAGACUCUCCAAGUGGCAGCUUGGGAGACUUCUGUCAGUCUUUGGUAGAAAAUGAAACACUGGUGCCUUUCAUUACAGUGGUCACAGAAGAUAACACAAGCAGCCAGCUGCCAGUUAGAAAUAGUUCUUCCACUGAAGACCUUAGUCUGCUGCAAUCCUCAGACAGAGGUGUAGACUCUGGGUUCGAUUCUACCUCAGAGAGGUUUGAGAUUAUCAUUAGUGAAACUGAUGGCCACACACCUGCAUUAUCUGAAAGUGCCACUACAGACUCAUUGUGCACAGAUGCCAAAAUUCCCAGCCUUGAAGACGACCAUGGAACCUCAAAGGACAAUGUUCAGCCUAUUGAAGGUAAAUUGUCUGAAAACAUGCAAGUCGAAGCAUUGUCCUCAGACACCGGACACAAUGAAGACCUAACAAGUAACGAUCUGUUGAGUGAACUCAUUGGGGAUACAGAUAUAGAACUGGAAGCCACUCUGUCCGACCAUGAAGAAUCCUUUAUGGAUAAUAAUGGUCAUCCUCUCGUCCGAUCUUCUCUGUUGGUCUCUGGGCCAUCUUUGGACCAGAUCAGCCAGGACAGUUUACUGGAAGACAGUAUGUCCACCACUCUACCAACUGUGGAUAAUUCAGCCGAGACACCAGACUCUUUAGACUCUCUCGACAUCCACAGGCUAGGUGAACAAGGAGACGAGCUAAGUGCUCAAAUAGCCCGACACAAACUCCAGCCUCCAUACAAAAUUUCAGACAGUGGGUAUGAGACGGAGAACCUGGAGUCUCCUGAGUGGAACUCUCAGCCCACCGUCAAAGAGCACUCCCCUGUAAAAAAUGGCUCGAGUGUUGCCAGAGAAGAGGAGGAGACAGAAGAGCACGCGGCACCGACAAAUCUGGUUCCACCGGAAAUCAUCAUCUCUGAAGUAGAAGGUGUGCUGGAUGCUCACAAUGAGGAUCCCAGUGAGGGCCAGCAGCCAGAUCGCGAAACUCCUGCUGAGGAGCCAGUCAUGGGCAGUAAUUACAGAGACUCCGCCUACUUCUCAGAUAAUGAAUCAGAACCUGAGAAGAAGUCUGAAGAAACGAUAGCGGGAGGUUCUGGUGAAGUCACAUGGCUUAGGAACUCGAUGGACGCGGCCAGCGGGGCUGCCGGAGGAGCAGUACUGGCGGUUAACGUGGAGAGAGAUGUAGAUUCUUUGUUUUCUCAGCGAGAAUCCCCUGUAGCUGCUGAGGCACAGGCCGCAAGCGAAACACCGAAUCCUCAUGUUGGGGGUAUAUUACUAGAGGCAGAUUCGGAUAUCACGGAGAAAUGUGAGACAGAGGCAACAGAGUCUACCAACAAUCAUAUUGAACAUGGAAAUCAACUAAAGGUGUUCAAGGACGUCACAUCUCCUGAUCAACCAGUCCCAUCAGAAGAUCUAGAAACCUCAAUUCUGCUUCCUUCUGAUAUGCAAUCAAAGCUGUCGCCAGAGAACACAGGUCAUGCUAAACUAACCAGGACCUACGCAAGUGACGGUCACAAAAUAAAAGAGCCGGACAUGGAGGGGCGUUACCUUGGCAGGCGAGAUGGCUCGGGUUUACACGGACAGGAGGAUGGCGUAGAUGCGGACGAGGAGGACGAGAACAGCGACGACUCCGAUGACGACACCCGUGGAUACCAGCUACACAGCUCCAGCUCAGAGAGCGAGGACGAUGCCGUGCAUACAGUUCCACUUAUUAUCUCAGAUGACAGUAGAGCAAAGAACCUGAAGAGCUUGUUGAAACCCACCACGCUGAACAUCGAGGCACCGGCUUCCCCAUUUCCUGCGAGGUGCAGCGCAGAUAACUCCAGAAGAGCAGUGUCUUUCUUUGACGAUGUCACUGUCUACCUGUUUGACCAGGAGACCCCCACCAAGGAACUGGGUGACCACUCCUCCGGCUCAAACAGUCAGGCACCAGAGUUCAGCAGCCCAGUGCCCACUGCCAGCUACCUGAACCGGUUUACCAACUCUGAAAGCUCCACUGAUGAAGAGGGUGGUGGUUUUGAGUGGGAUGAUGACUUCUCGUCCCCCGCACCUGCCUUCCUGCCCAAGAAGGAUAAAGACCCCGUAUCAAAUGUUAUGUCCUCAUCUGCAGCGUCGCGUUUUUCCUCUCCGCCGCCGGCAGUAGGGCGCGUGCUGGAGCCCAGCUGGACCAGCUCCUCAAACUACUCCCGUUUCUCCAUCUCACCAGCCAGCAUCGCCAGCUUCUCCCUUACACAUCUCACCGACUCUGACAUAGAACAAGGAGGAAGCAGUGAAGAUGGAGAAAAGGACUAACGUGAUAAAUGCAGGGACCAUUUAUCAUCACACUUAAAAAAAACAAACAAUAAACCUAUACUCGCACUUUUUGAGAAUGGAGGAAUGGCUGAAUAAGGACAGAUGACGCGGUUUGUGGUGCAAACCGUGGAUGCUUCUCUCAGGCAGAACUGUUCUUUACGUACACGGAGAAGGCCAUGAGAACAAUGGCUGUAAACUGACUUUCAGCAAAUAAGACGGACGAGGCCGAGUCUGCGCGACAUCUCCUCUCCAGCUACAUCAGUGUGUGUUUUCAGUUCAGUGCAAUUCCCCUUGGUGGAAGAAAAAAACAAAGUUUCUAAAUGUUUGCUUUAAAGACUCAUCAAGCGCAUUCCAGGUGUUUUUGUUGUGUGUCGAAGUGCACUCGUUUUCCAGGACUUUUCCAUCGCCAAAAAAAAGAAGAAGAAAAGACUUGGCAUUUUAUGUUCUAAAUUCAACACACUAGUCUGGCAAACGUACCACUAUAGCCAAAUAGGAAUAAGCUCUUUGAUUUCAGCCGACCUAAAACUGAAGAUCCAAGUUUAUUUUCUUGUAAUAUUGUUAAUUUUCUUUCCUUCAUGUUGUGCGAUUAUUUCAGUGGUUGCCUUUUUAUUUUAUUUUUUUGAAGAGUGAUUGUUUUUUUCGUAACCUCUUGUUGGUGUUGGAGAGAAACUGUGUGUGCUAUUUUUCUCUAGCAGCAUUUGAAUAUAGGAAGGGUUGAACUUUAGAAAGCGAAAGCGCCAUCCAUGCUUAGGAUGAUUGGAUAACUAUGUUAGCUAAAAACCCCUCAUUUACAGAGGUGAUGCACUGUAUUUUCCUUUUGUGUUUUGAAAGGAACAUUUACAGUAAAGUCGUUUCAUAUUUUUGAGACAUCUCAGUAAGAAUGGUGGGUGGUGUUGAGGAUUGUUGCAUUAAUCCUUACGGAUUGAUCCAAUUUAUUAAUUUUGUAAUGUUUCAUUUUAUGCAGAAAGUUGCUCAAAUGGUUUUGUCCCAAUUACUUGCCACUGGGUUUCUAUCACAGUGCCUGUGAUGCUGUAAAAAAAAAAAAACAAGAAAAACAGCUGCAGUCCUCCAUUUGCUAUAAAUACAAAGUUUCAACUGUAAAAGAAGUUGGAUUUUGAAAAAAUUUAUUUUUUAAUGUCAGAAUGACGAGAUGUUUUGAGCUGUUUGUAAACAAAUGUGCAAUGACUUUCAUGAAUUGGUUGAAAUUUGAGUAUGGGCUCAUAGGAAGGUGGUAAUGUGCAGGGACUUUAAACUUCACAGAAACUCACUACUAGAACAAAAAAAACACUGCUGCUUUUAUCAACUUCAGUGUCAUGAACAGAGUUGUCGGCCUUUUUUUCUUUUUACUUUGUGUCAAACUGAAUUAACCUGUUCAGAUGGUAUGUUCCUCAAUAAGAACCCCUCCAGUUGCAAUUUUGAGCAUUUCAUUAGUGUGUUUGAUCAUUUGCAGGCCACACAUCGUCUCUGUGGCUGUACAGGGUUGGGUGGGGAUGUGAACGGUUUAUGUAUUGAAGCAUAAUGCAAACGUUUUUCAUGUACAGCUAUAAAAACACUGUUCUUUGAAACUGUAGGUUAAACAGUUACUGUAUGGUUCUUUCCUUUUAAUGAGUCAAACACCUUUAUCACAGAUGACCUGAUGAACACCUGUACUUCACCUGUAGUAGAUAAUGUCCAUCUCGCCCCAUACAGAAAGCACUGUACAGUAUCUUAGACAAUGUUAACCUCUGUUAAAACCAGCAGCCCGUGCUUCAGUUAAACUUGAACAUUUAUUUAAGGAAAUCUCGUUUUAUUUGACUACAGUAUACAUUGCUUAAUCUUGCACAUUUGAGAAAUGUAACUUAAUGUUGAACUGUACCUGAUGUAUGUAAAUGUUAAUUUUUUUUUCCGUCUGUAAAUGGGAAUUGAUUCAACUGAGUUGAUAGGUAUGAGGUUUCAUUUUGUAACUUAAAAGUUGAGUUGAUCAGAGGAACAUAUCACAGUCGUCAGCUAAAAGCAGUUAAAUUAAGACACAAAAGCAGAUGUGAAUUCAUUCUGUCCUUUAAACUUGUAGAUUUUAAAAAAUAUUUUUACUUCAUAUUUAUCAUGCUUAGUGUAAUUGAAUGAAAUGUUUAUAAUUACACUGUUUAAUAUGAAAAUAAAUGCAAAUGAACUUCUAA